AUGGAUUCUGUGAAUUCCAUAACAUUUAUUAAAAAACCCUUAAAUAUACCAUUUAAUGAUGAAACAUUACUAUUUGCUAAAGAAAUUCUUUGUGGACGUUUAUUUAUAGGAACAUAUGAAGGCAGGCGAUACGUACCGAUUUUAAGCCAAUAUAGGGAUGUUGUUGAAAUCGGUUCAGAAGAACAAGAAUUACACAAUGAUUUAGAUAAAUUAAAAAAAAAAUGGUUUAACAUAAGUAAUGUGAAAUGGGUUGGAAUCACAAGUCCAGGAGAACAAAAUUUAUUAAAAGGCUACUGCCUUUGGGUUAAAUUAUCAAAUAUACCAUUUGAUACUUAUUGGUUUCAAAUCAAACAUGUUAAAGUAAUAGAAGGGGAAGUUUUGCUUCAGUUGAAAUGUAUUAGAAAAUGUCCUUCACUGUACUCAAUGGCAUCACAUAAUUCUAAAAAAAAUGAAAUCUCUUCGGAAGUUUCUGAUAGUAUUAAAAAUUCAAGUAUUGAAUACAAUCUUCAGAAUACUAUAAACCCUAUUGAAAAUAUAUUUAAAAAUUUAUUAAUAAAUGAUAUACCUGCCAUAACAUGGAAAAAUUUAUUUAAGACAAUCAAAGUUAUAUUUGCCGUAUUAAUAACUAUUACUUAUGGUACUUUAUCAUCUGUGGGAUCGAUAGGGGAUUUCAUUAUAAGAUUAAUUAGGGAAAUGUCAAUAUUUAUGCAUGCUGUUUCCCCAGUAAUUAUUCAAUUAAUAGAUUUCUUUGCAAAAAUUAUCGGUGGAUUUUUCAUAAUAAUUGCCGGUGUAAUAAAUAGGACCAAAACCUAUAAUGCACCAAAUCAGAAUCGGGAAAUUACAUACAACAAUUUUUUAAAAAGGCUUAAUUCUCAGGUUCCUGCCGUAGAUUGGAAAACGAGAAACAGAAUUUUAAAGGAGGAACUCCAAACGCAUUUAAAAAUGUGA